UUCUCCCCCACUUCCUUUCCUGAGAAAUUUCCAUUGUACAAAUCUCUUUCAAUUAUUCUAAUUUUACUGAUUUUACAAAAAAACCCAAUCUUUGUUUUGAUGGGUGCAACAAGUAAAAUCAUGGAAUUGCAGUUGAUAAAUGCAAGGGUAGAAGCAGAACUAUGGAGGAAGACAUGUAGAGAAUUAGAGGGGCAUUUUUUUGAUCUAAGACAGAUGGAAAACCAAGAGAUUGAGCUAGAUAAACAGCUUUUAUCCACUAUAGGUAUGUUCAACGAUUUAUAUUUCCAAUUUGAUAAGAAAAAGUUUCAAUGUUUUCAAGUGAAGAAAAAAUUUGAUGAUUUAGUUGCUAAAGAUGGUAAAUUUGUGUAUGAUACUAGUUUGAGAAAAAGGGUUCAACAUCUUGAAGAACAGGCUCAUUUAUGGUUGAAUCAUGAGCUGAAAAUGAAGUAUUUUGUUGAAGAGUAUAAGGGUAAGUAUGAGAGUUUGUUGUUGAAGUUUAAAGAGCAGAAGAUUGAGUGUGAAUUGAUUAAGGAUGAGUGUAAGGGUUUGAAAGAGAAGAUUCAGGGUUUAGAGAAGAGAAACAAGAAGAAUGGGGGUACAGGGGGGAAGGAGAUGAUGGUGAAAUUUGGGUAUUUGGAAGAUGAGUACAGGAAAUUGGAGAUUGAAGAAAGGGGGAAAUGUGUGCAACUUAGUACGGAAAUUGAGGGUUUGAAGUCUGCUAAGAAGAGGGAUGAUGAAGAAAUUGAAGAGUUGAAGAUGCAAGCAACUGCAAUGGGUGCAAUGGUGAAUGCUAAUGUUGAAUUGGGGAAAGAAUUGGAGGAUUAUAAAGCUAAGUACCUUGGUUUGGUUGUGCAGCUUAAUGAGAAGGAUGGGUUAGAGGGUAAACUGAGAGAAACGAUUACGAGUCUAGAGGAGGAGAACAAAAAGAUGGGAAUGGAUCAAACAGAGAAAUGUCUUGAAUUGGAGAAGCAGAUCGAGGCUGCAAAAAAGAGAGCAGAUGAUGAGUUUAGUGUUGUAGAGAGGAAGUGUAUGGAAUCGGAGGUUCAAGUGACGGUGUCGUUGAAUUAUGUGAUUGAAUUGGGGAAGGAAUUGAAAAACCAAAUGUCGAUAGUGGGUCGUCGAGAUAACGAGCUUGAGAACUACAAAACUACAUGUAGUGGAAUGGAGAAAGAAAUUUUGGGUCUGGUAAAAGAAAGAAAUGCUAUGUCUGAAAGAGAUAAGAUGGCGCAGGACAAAGUUGCUUACUUGGAGGAGGUAGUUAAGGAAAUGGAAAAUGAUAAAAGAGAGUCUGAGAAGAGGGCUUUGGAAUGUUCGAAAAGGAAAGAAGAAGAAGAUGAGAUGGAGAGUUGGAAGAAGAAGUUAAUGGAGUUGGUAAGACGGAGUUCUAUGAUGGAAGAAGAAAAUUUACCUUUAAAAGGGUCACAAAAUGAAGUUUCUUGUAUGAAAAUCGAUGACAAGAUCAGUGUUGCUAACAUGGUUCACCCUGUUGAACCUAAUAGCAAGCCUUCUUCACCUCAAGGGAAUUUCGAAGAUGUGCGCGUCACAGACCCACAUUAUAAUGAUAACCACCAGGAGUUUUCAGAAAAUGAUUCAGACAACAAGAAGAAUACUUCAGAUUCAAUGGUGGAAUCUGUCAUUGCAGUUGAACAGCAAGUAGCUUUAGAGACAGAAGGGAACUUGGGAGAUAGUUUAGUUUUGGUUGAACAAGCUGCUGCAAAUGCUUUACCUAUAGAUGUUAUUGACAUUGACAGCGAGAAUGAAUAUAUUGAGAUUGUUGAUAGUGAGGAUGAAAAGGAGAUAACCAUGACACAACCUUGUACUGUUGAAGGUAAAGAACUACCACCUGUAUCAACUGAUGAAACUUUCAAUGCAUCUGAGAAGUGUGUAAAGAGGCCAUUGUCACUUCAAAGAGAUGAGAAAGGUGAAGCAAGCUCUAACAAAGCCAUACUAACCCCAUGGUCCCAACUAUGUUCAACUUCAAAAAGAUUUAGGACUUCUGAAAUCUCAAUCAGCCGAAGUGUCAGACAAAAAGAUGAUUAGAAUCUAAAUGGUGAACCACUUCUGCGCGUUCUUAACGGAUGGAAACCAAGAAGGUGAUGUAAACAUGUCUCGGUAUAGGAGUACGAGAUUCAGAAGCACUUUUGGAUGCGCUAUGAACAUCUCGAAGUAAUUAUUUAGUAAAUAGCAGCAGAUUGAGAAUCUUAUCUUCCUAGUUCAACUUGCCAGUAAGAGCUCCAUAUGCAAUUAAAGUCUAGAAAAUUUUGUGGGUGUGGAGCUUUUGGUUUUGCCGUGGUACCAGUCAGUCUCUCACCCUUUUUUGGUUGCUAUUUAUAUAUUUUGUAUGUAAAUUGCAAAUCUAACGAUAUAUCAGAAUAGGCAGUUACAAGGCAUCCAAUGUAAAUGACUGAAAAUAGAAUUAACCCUUUUUUGGAGCUCCAUAUGCAAUUUAGCUCAUUUAUAUGGCUUACAAGUUUUUUUUCCAUGAUUAUUAGUCCAGGCGUCAUUUGCUUAGUUCUGGUAUGUGUUAAGUGCUUGGUUUGAACUUUGAAGGAGAUAGAGGGUUCUGGAGAAACAUUCCAUUCAGUAGGACUGCUUGUUUAUACUGUAUUGGAUUUUAUCAAUU